UUGUCCAAAACUAACCUCGGGCAGCGAAUUUAAGGAUUACCAGCGCAUAAAUUCAUUCAUCAACCAUGACUGUCGGGGAUACGGCUCGUGAAAAGGCGCUGGAAGACUACCGAAAGAAGUUGUUGGAGCACAAAGAGGUCGAAUCUCGUCUGAAAGAAGUGCGUGAAUCGUUGAAGGAACUCACUAAACAAUUCGACAAAUCGGAAAACGAUCUAAAGGCGCUACAAAGCGUCGGCCAGAUUGUCGGAGAAGUGCUGAAACAGCUGACGGAAGACAAAUUCAUCGUAAAGGCAACCAAUGGACCGCGAUACGUUGUGGGAUGUCGGCGCCAGUUGGACAAAAGCAAGCUCAAGUCGGGUACUCGCGUUGCUCUGGACAUGACAACGCUAACAAUCAUGCGCUACCUUCCACGUGAGGUGGACCCGCUGGUGUACAAUAUGUCUCACGAGGAUCCUGGAGAGGUGACCUACUCCGCUAUCGGUGGUCUAUCGGAGCAGAUCCGAGAGCUUCGGGAAGUGAUUGAACUUCCGCUGCUAAAUCCUGAAUUGUUUCUUCGUGUCGGCAUAACGCCUCCGAAGGGUUGCUUGCUGUACGGGCCACCUGGUACCGGCAAAACAUUGCUGGCUCGCGCUGUCGCUUCCCAGCUCGAUGCCAACUUUCUUAAAGUCGUUUCAUCCGCCAUCGUCGAUAAGUACAUUGGCGAAUCGGCUCGUUUGAUCCGAGAGAUGUUCAAUUACGCGCGCGAUCACCAGCCGUGCAUCAUCUUUAUGGACGAAAUUGACGCCAUCGGUGGACGGCGUUUCUCCGAAGGUACAUCGGCUGAUCGUGAGAUUCAACGUACGCUCAUGGAGCUGCUUAAUCAAAUGGACGGUUUCGACUCGCUCGGUCAGGUAAAGAUGAUCAUGGCCACGAACCGUCCUGAUACGUUGGAUCCGGCAUUGCUCCGUCCCGGUCGUUUGGAUAGAAAAAUCGAAAUCCCUCUGCCAAACGAGCAGGCUCGUCUAGAGAUUUUGAAAAUCCAUGCUGCACCAAUCGCGAAACAUGGUGACAUUGACUACGAAGCGGUGGUUAAGCUGUCGGACAACUUCAACGGAGCUGAUCUGCGCAAUGUCUGCACCGAGGCAGGAUUGUUCGCCAUCCGUGCCGAGCGAGAGUAUGUGAUCCAGGAAGAUUUUAUGAAAGCCGUCCGGAAGGUGGCGGACAACAAGCGACUGGAAAGCAAGCUGGAUUACAAACCAGUUUAAGCCAAGCGCUGUGUUUUCCCGUAUUGAUGGGUAGCGUAUGAAGCAUAAUCCCCUUUUGAUAUACCUCCCUUUUCCAUAGAGGUGUGGUAACAUUUAAAACAUAUAAGUUGCGUAAUAAAAUAAUUAAA